CAGCCUCCGCCGCCUCAGCUUCCCGAGCGAGCCCUGCGGCCGCCGGAGCAGCUCCCGCGGCGGAGCAGGAGCCGGAUGGUCAGAGGAGCCCGGCAGCCCCAGCAGCCGCGGAGUCGCCUGGUCCCCAGACUGACUGGCACAGUGGAGAAACCACCUCGAAAACGGAAAAGCAGGACUGAAUUUGCACUUAACGAAAUCAUGUCCUCUGGAGGUGCUGAAGAUGAUAUCCCACAGGGAGAGAGGAAAACAGUUACAGAUUUUUGUUACCUUCUGGAUAAGUCUAAGCAGUUGUUCAAUGGAUUAAGAGAUUUGCCACAGUAUGGGCAGAAGCAGUGGCAGUCCUAUUUUGGAAGAACUUUCGAUGUUUACACCAAACUCUGGAAGUUCCAGCAGCAGCAUCGACAAGUCUUGGAUAAUCGGUAUGGCUUGAAGCGGUGGCAAAUAGGGGAAAUUGCUUCUAAGAUUGGGCAGCUAUACUACCAUUAUUACCUACGCACGUCUGAGACCAGCUAUCUGAAUGAGGCUUUCUCCUUCUAUUCUGCAAUCAGACAGAGAUCAUAUUAUUCUCAAGUCAAUAAAGAGGACAGACCUGAGUUGGUCGUUAAGAAGCUACGAUACUAUGCAAGAUUUAUUGUAGUUUGUCUUCUGCUCAACAAAAUGGAUGUUGUGAAGGAUUUGGUGAAGGAAUUGUCAGAUGAAAUUGAAGAUUAUACUCACCGCUUUAAUACAGAAGAUCAAGUGGAAUGGAACCUGGUGCUUCAAGAAGUAGCAGCUUUCAUUGAGGCGGACCCCGUGAUGGUAUUGAAUGAUGAUAAUACCAUUGUUAUCACAUCUAAUCGCCUUGCUGAAACAGGAGCCCCAUUGCUGGAACAGGGCAUGAUUGUGGGACAGUUGUCUCUGGCUGAUGCGCUCAUUAUUGGUAAUUGUAAUAACCAGGUUAAGUUUAGUGAACUAACUGUGGACAUGUUCCGGAUGUUACAAGCCCUGGAAAGGGAGCCAAUGAAUUUAGCUUCCCAGAUGAAUAAACCGGGAAUGCAGGAAUCAGCUGAUAAGCCUACCAGACGAGAAAACCCCCACAAGUAUCUGCUGUACAAACCAACCUUCAGUCAACUGUACACAUUCUUAGCAGCAUCUUUUAAGGAGCUGCCUGCCAAUAGUGUGCUUCUGAUUUACCUGUCAGCCACUGGCGUUUUCCCCACAGGUCGUUCUGAUAGUGAAGGUCCUUAUGAUUUUGGAGGGGUACUUACUAAUAGUAACCGGGAUAUUAUAAAUGGAGAUGCCAUCCACAAACGAAAUCAGUCCCACAAGGAAAUGCACUGCCUUCAUCCAGGAGACCUCUACCCUUUCACGAGGAAGCCCCUGUUUAUUAUCGUGGAUUCAUCCAACAGUGUCGCAUACAAGAAUUUCACAAACUUAUUUGGACAGCCACUAGUCUGCUUGCUUUCUCCUACAGCAUAUCCAAAAGCUUUACAAGAUCAAUCUCAACGAGGUAGCCUCUUCACUCUCUUUUUGAACAAUCCUCUAAUGGCCUUCCUAUUUGUCUCUGGAUUGUCAAGCAUGCGCAGAGGCCUAUGGGAAAAAUGUCAAGAAUAUCUUCGAAAAAUCAACCGUGAUAUUGCCCAGCUACUGACCCAUUCACGUUCAAUAGAUCAAGCAUUUCUCCAGUUUUUUGGAGAUGAGUUUCUUCGCUUGCUUCUCACAAGAUUUAUCUUUUGUUCAGCCACCAUGAGGAUGCACAAGAUUUUUCGGGAAACACGAAACUAUCCAGAAUCAUAUCCCCAACUGCCAAGGGAUGAAACAGUGGAGAACCCUCACCUCCAGAAGCACAUUCUGGAAUUAGCGUCCAUUCUGGAUGUUCGAAAUGUGUUCCUCGAGAGUACCAUAGAUGACUAUUAAAACAAAAAUCCUCUUGUUGAAACAAUUUUUCAUUUGCCACAGAUUUUACAUGGUGCCGUUUUCUAAUGUGAUGACAGACACAUAGUGGUGUUACUUAGUUUUAAUUUUUUAAUUUAAGGCCACCAUUUUAAAAACAAACUGAAAAAAUUAUUCAGACUUUUAGGGUAACUGUUUUAAAAUACAGUCUUUCAAGUCUUUUAAAAAACUCAAUUAAUCUUGGAAUUUUUACUUUUCGGUUUUGAGGUAUGGCUACUUACCUCCAACAUCUAUCCCUACACACAUAUAGUCAAUGUUCUCACCCUCAGAAGAGUAAAUCAUUUAUUUUUAUAUAAUGAAGAAAAUCCAACUCUUAUACUUGGACCUUAAAUGUGUGGAUUUAGAAAAUAUAUCAUUGUUCACAAAGAUGAAACUAGCCAGCAUGGACUAUUAAAAAUCAAGAACAGUCUUUCCAUAAUAUUUCUUUUCAUUCCAACUUAGUAGGUAGACAAAUGUGUGAUUCUUUGAAGCAUAUCAAGACAAUUUUUGAAAUCAUUUAAUUCAUUAAAUCCUGUCAUAAUUUCAGAAACUGUAUAGGAUUGAUUUGCAUCUAAAAGUUAAAUCUUUAAUUGGAGUCUUAAGAUGAUAAAUAUCACUUGGAAUGUGUGAGCCCUGUAUUAUCAUGAGAUAUGCUGGCAUAUUUUGCUUUCUUUGUAAUCUGAAUGCUAGAAA